UGGCAGGGAACGCGGUGACGUCACACGCGCGUGAUUUUAUUUGUACGUUGAAUUGUAAAAUCGGCAACGUCGCCUGCGAGUGUCCUUGACGCGACGUUUCAAUGUCACACGGUUAGGUUAAAGCAACAAGCGAACGGACGUGAAAAAUGUUCGCGCAAGCAGCGUAAAUUUCAUUAACUUACCGUUAGCCCGGCACAAUAAUUUGGCGGUAAAGUGCAAGGCGGGCCGAAAUGAUAUCCCUUUCGGAUCCGAGAUUGUCGAAUCCGGUGCUGUCGGUUUUGAAAGUGCAGCCGACGGAACGGAUCAUUUCGAUCCGGGAAAACGCCGACGCGGAUUCGAGCUUCGUAAUCAGUCACCUCUUGAAGCAAAUCCUGUACGAGAGGCACCGGGCGUGCCUCGUCACCUUGCACAACGACUUCAACCACUACUAUCACGUCGGCAAAAAGUUAGGUUAUGAUUUGCGAAGGGCCCUGGAAACAGACGACUUGAAAGUCAUCGAUCCCCUGUCGGAUAUCGUGGACGGUAUCGGCGAGAUCGACGCGGAUCCAGACUUUCUCAAGCGUAUUUUUAUGAGCAUAAAAUGUAAAUUGGAAGGUCUGGCGUCAAGCGAAACCCACAGGGCGUACUUGAUCGUCGACGACCUGAGUCACUUUUGGGAUUUGGGGAUCGAAAUAGCGCACAUCGUGACGUUCGUGAAUUGCUGCGCGAAUAUGGUCGAUUCCAACGUUUCCCUCAUCCUCGGCACCCACGUGGGUUCAGAAAAUGACCGGAUCAUAUCGAACACUUUGGAAUACAUCGGCGAUGUGCACGUCGUGGUGUCUCCCCUGAAAACGGGCAAAAGUGGGGACGUCACUGGGACCCUCGACGUCCAGCGGGUUUCCGGGACCGACUACUAUCAUUUCAGGACUUUCGAUCGGGGCGUCAAAACUUUCCAUCCGGGAGAAUCCAUUUACCAUAUGUACAAGUGAACCUUUUAUUUUAGUUUACGAAUUAAACAGUUUUUUGUUUUUUUUUUUAACUCUUUUUCAUAUUAGCAGGGAUCCUAAUUUCGGCCGAAAAUUUUAAUAAAUAAAACCUUAUUUUAAUAAAUAA